AUGGAGAAGUCCAACGGACGAGCAAAGAUAAACGAUGAACUUAUUACACUGCCAGAUCGCCUGGAUUUCCCCGACAAGAAACUCCGCACUUAUACCAGGUUCGAGAUUCCAUCCUUGGAUCUGAGUAUAUCAAACUUCAAUGGGAUCAAAGCUAAUGGGAAUGAAAUUGACAUUGGCUUCGGAAACGCCGAAGUCACUGCGCGGUCGAAUUACAACCCGGGGCGGACAUUGUCGUUUGGGCAUCUUGAGUCUAUGAUCUUUUCCGUCGCUGUCAUGUCGGCCAGUCAGGACUAUCGCAAGCGGAAACAAGCUUGGGAAGACACGGAUAUCACCGCGACAGAAUGCGCCCUGCAUUUCUGCACCAACGUCUACCAGUCCGUCGUCGAACAAAAUAUGCUCAUGGAGAAGGUCCUCAGUUCCCGCUCAACAAGAAACCCGGACUCUUUCUUAUCAAAUUGGUUGACGAACAACUUGGCUGCGACAAAAUAUUUCAACACGUUUAUAAACCAUUCACUCUACAUCGGCUUCUCUGAUGCACCCCGUUCAGAUCUACAGCUUGUCAUUUCCAAGGAGGAAUAUUACGCCGACACUGGCCUGAAAAUAGAUGACGAUUUGCGGUUCAACAUCUCACACAACACUGUCGGAAGCCUCAUAGACUGGCUGGCAGUGAGGUUAUCGGGUCACAGCGACUCCGCGUCUUUGGACAAGCCAGGAAUGCCAACACUGCUCAAAUACCCUUUACCUCUUUGCAUGCGCACCAGCAACACACCAACCGAGAUCAUCAGCAGCCUCGCAGCUUCGCAAAACAUCUCAUGA